UUUAUUGUUUGUGUAUAUGUAUUAUCACUCUGUAUUUAUAUCUACCUCUAACAGUUUACAAGGUGUCUGCGAGGCAGGUGCUCCAGGACGUUGUGGAAGUCACCUGGACGUACAGCAUCUCAGGCACCUACCACCUGGUCUUCACCUCAUCCUCAUCACCUGAGCUGCAAGUCACCGUGGCUUGCACCAACCCUCAGAACAACGAGAGCUGCCAGGGGCACUUGAUCAGAGUGGGCAUGGAAGAGAAAGUCUCCAUCAGCGUCAGUAAACAAAUGACAGAGAACAACAUUGUGGUGACCAACAACAUCUCUGGUGUUCUUGCACCGGAGGGUCAGGUGAAUAAAGUGACUCGUAUGGUCGACUCUUCGGGUACCCGCGUCAGCAUAGCGACAACCGAGGCACCCAUUAUCCAGGUGACACUGGUCAAGUUCUGGGAGGAUACCGCAAACUCUAGUAGCCUCACUGCGGGAUACUUCGUAGGGGAAGUCAAGGAGACGGCCGAAGGAUACUUGUUUAAGUUCACGGAUGACAUCCUUAAGCAGGAAAAGAGUGUUGACUUGCUGUGUCUGGGAUACAAGGAUGAUGGUUCCAUAGGCGUGGCUGCUGCCGUCUACCUCACACUCACAGAACUGAAGGAGAAGUUGACAUGGGUGGGAGCUGAGAGCAGCAACUCUUCGGCAUCUGUCCGUUCUGACACUCUCCUGCAGGAGGGCUCCAUCAACGGCACCAGGGUGUGCCUGCAGGAUGAGCCGCCCUGCUACUACCUGCAGGUAGGGGGAGAGGAGGCGUGGAAGGUGCUCAGGUGUGAGCAAGUGAAUAAUACUGCGCCAGGAGGUCCUGCUACAGUGUCUCAGUGUGACGACAACUUGGCUGCCUUCAAGGAGACAUCUCAAGCACUAACAGUGUCCAUGGUGGGUGGGUCGGUGGAAGUGACACUGUCUACCAGCACCACUGCCACCAUAGAGGUGGUCGUCUACGACCCUGCCAACCCUGACAAGAUCUACUCUAACACAGACCUGCCCUGCACCACCAACGAUCAAGACAAGAGAAGAUGUUUACAGUCUAUGAAAGCAACUCAGGCUGGUCAGCGGCUGAGUGUGUUGGUCGUGUUAGUGGACCAGAGUACUGGUAGCACUGUCCUCGAGUCCACGCUACUCUCACUUCAAGUGCCAGACGAAAGCAGCAAGACACCAGCCUGGGUUAUCGUUGUCUCGGUACUUGGUUCGGUCUUCGGUGCGGCCCUUAUUGUAUUCAUCGCUGCCGUCGUUUAUAAGAAGCAGCAGGUGCGGAAGGCAGGUGGUGGAGGUGGGACGCAGAUGACAGGUGGUGGAGGUGGGACGCAGAUGACAGGUGGUGGAGGUGGGUCGUUGCAGGGGUCUGCCCACUCAACCCCCAUACAGAGAACAGCCCAUGAUCCGUACAGUGCAGCCCACUACAGCCCCCAGCGCAUUCCACCGCCCCGUGACCUGUACAUAGAUACUAGCUUCAGCCCCAGGAGAGACGUUCACGAUCUUUACAAUGACGGGAGGUACAGUCCUGGGCACUCCAGUCACUCCAGCUACCAACAUGCCCAGUCUUCUGUGGAACCGGUGGUCAGUUACAUCCCCAAGGCGAGCUUGAAACCACGAGGGACGUCGUCACGGUUCGACUCCCCACAGUCCUCGAGGCAUAGCGACAGAAGCAGAUACUGAGGAUUCUGAAGACUUGUGAUUCCUUAUCAUACACCUUACGGGGCUUUUAGACAACACCUGGAGCUUCCAAACACCCUCUGACGCCUCCAAACACCAACUGAAACUUCCAAACACCACCUGUAAUGUCUCUAAACACCAUCUGGAGUUUCCAAACACCACUUGGAGUUUCCAGUCACUGAAGACUUCAGAAACAAUAAAAAUAUUAUAAACAUAGUCUGAAGGUUCCAAUCACCGUGUGAAGGUUCUGGUAUCAACAAGAGGGUUUAGAAACUGUCUCAACCAGUGGCUCACAACCUUUUUUUUUUUUUUUUUUUUGCGUCAUGUCACACCUCGAUACCACAAAAAAAAAUGUGUCCACUGAUAUAAAAGCAAAUUUGGGGUGUUAAAAAGGCAUAAUAGUAUAAACCUUGGUAAUUAAUACCGACAAAUUGGUUUAAUUUGUGUCACUUCUCACUCUCCGCCUAUAUAUAAUGUCACAUUAAUCUGGGUGUGUUAGAAGUGAUCAAGUUCCCAGGACAGAGACGUUUUCUAAUAAAUAUAUUCUAUUGUUUGCUUA